UUGGUGGCUCAUUCACAAUCAUUCUUCAGUAUGUGGUGGUUGGUCUUGUUAGCAGUAGGAGUUGGUGCGGACUUGCCCACGUUGGACAACACCAAAUGGGGGUGUGAUGAUGGCCCUGAGGGGGAGAUCACGCCGUUCAAAAUCACAUUUGAUGAUGAGAUGAUAGCUGAUCUGCGCAUGCGUCUCUCCAACCACCGCCGCCCUGUUCCAACGUUUGAAGGCGUGAACCAUCGCUACGGGUUCAAUUCCUACGACCUGGAGCGCUGGAUACAGUACUGGAGAGAGGAGUACGACUUCAAGAAACGUGAGGAGGCGCUCAACAAGUACCCUCAGUACAAAGUCAGGGUGCAGGGACUGAACAUACAUUUUAUUAAAGUGGAACCGGUGAAUAAAACCAAGAGGAAAGUCACACUGCUACUCCUUCACGGAUGGCCAGGAUCCAUCAGGGAGUUCUAUGACGUCAUCCCAGGCUUGGUAGCUGACCACGACUCCAGAGACUUCGCGAUUGAAGUCAUCAUUCCCAGCUUACCUGGAUUUGGGUUUUCUGAUGCCGCCUGUAUCCCCGGUCUAGGAGGGGUUGAAAUGGCGGUCGUCUUGAGAAAUGCAAUGAAGAUCCUGGGAUACGAGAAGUAUAUAGUCCAGGGGGGUGACUGGGGAUCUUACAUUGGAUCUGCUAUGACCACAAUGUACCCUAAGGAAGUUAUAGGUUUCCACACGAACUUGCCCACUGCUUCCACGUCAAAAGCGUUCAUGCUGAUGGCUGUUGGACAUUACUUCCCAGAUCUGGUAGUGGACUCCUCUCUAUCCAACAGGAUCUACCCUCUAUUGAAUAAGACCCUUUGGCUGCUGCAAGAAACUGCUUACUUCCACUUCAUGGCCACCAAACCCGAAACUAUAGGAAUCGCAAUGACAGACUCUCCAGCUGGUUUCAUGAGCUUCUUCCUCCAGUGUAUAUCAGGCGGCACUCGGAAGGUUAACCCUCGGGAACCUGAAGGUGGACUUCUAAAGUACUACACACGGGAGCAGCUGAUAGACAACCUGAUGAUGUACUGGACUGAUAAUAAGAUCACCACGUCGAGCAGACUUUACUACGAGACUAUACGUAGCAAGAACGGAAGCCAGGUUAUGUCAUACCCAACAGACGUACCUACAUGGGCGCUACAGGCCCCUGACGAGAUCAUCUACAUGUCUCCUAUAAUGCUGGCUACAAAGUAUAAGAACCUGCGUCACGCAACUGUCCUGGAGAAUGGAGGCCAUUUCCUAGCGCUGGAGCGGCCGGCGGAGUUCGGCGCGGACGUGCUGCGCGCUGUCACUGAGUUCGUCAGAUGGGAUGACCUUUACGGAUAUUGAUUGUUAUGACUUUGAAGUUUUGUUAUGUAUACCCUAUAGUAUUUUUUAAUAAACGCCUCUGAUGA